AUGGGCAAGGAUCUUUACAACCUCUAUCCCCGUUCGGCAAAACUGGUAUUCAACGAAGCAGAAGAAGCUUUCGGUGGUGGGCUACGGUCUCUAAUAUUCGGAAAGAAUCAUGAGAAAUUAAAGUUGACGGAAAACGCUCAAGCGGCGAUUCUGACGACGUCGGUGGCGAUGUUGCGGGUUCUGGAAGUCGAGUUUGGAUUUGAUAUUGCGAAAGCAUGUAAUUAUGCGUUGGGACACUCCCUUGGAGAAUACACCGCCCUAGUUGCCACUCGAAGCUUAUCACUCUUUGAUGCCGUAAGACUCGUUCGACUGCGCGGUGAAGCCAUGCGAAGAGCCGUGAGGGAUCACCAGGGACAAACCGCGAUUUCGGCCUUGGUGGUUCGUAAAGGAUGUUUGUCGGAUUUGAAGGCCGCCUUUGAAGAAAUGAAAACCGGCCUGCCGCAAGGUGAAAUUGUAUCUCUGGCCAACAUUAACAGUUCAUUUCAAGUGGUCAUUAGCGGUACGGUGAAAGGUGUAGAUGAAGCAUCACGUAUUUUGCAAGCAAAAAAAUUCGCUGCAAGGGCUGUGGACCUACCUGUCUCUGCACCCUUCCAUUGUGCUAUCAUGGAGCAAGCGGCACAGGAGAUGCAAGAAGCCCUGAAGACGAUCCAAUUUAGACAGCCCUGCGUCGAUGUAAUAUCUAAUGUGUCAUGCAAGCCGUACGUUAGCCCUGAAGAGAUUCCUCUUCGACUGGUAGAACAAAUUACGCAAACUAUCGAUUGGCAUCGCAGUAUUUUAUACUGUAAAAGUCAAGACAUUGAUGAUUUUAUCUGCUUUGGUCCCGGCAAAGUGUUGGCCAAUCUCCUGAAAAAAGAAUAUCCGCUGGAUCAAGUCAAGUAA